UGGAUUCUGUGGAAAUCACUGGUCAGUUUAGGGGAAAUAGUCUUUAGAGAAUAGUCCCUACAGCUGUGCUUUAGGGACUGUCAAGCACUCACUUCUGUCCUUUAAUCCCUCCAGGAUGCCUUGUCUCCUUCCCACCUUUCAGAGAGUCCCCGCAGGGCUUGUCUUCUUAGCACUUUGGGGCACGGUUUUAGGGGGCAAGCUUCUAGUGGUCCCUCAGGAUGGAAGCCACUGGCUCAGUAUGAAGGAUGUAGUGGAGUAUCUCAGUGUCAGAGGCCACGACAUCGUGGUACUGGUGCCUGAAGUGAAUUUGCUUUUGAAAGAGUCCCCGUACUACACAAGAAAAAUCUAUCCAGUGCCUUAUGACGAGGGUGAGCUGAAGCACCGUUUCCGCCUCUUCGGGAAUCACCACUUCGACAAUCGAUCGCUCCUGACCGCCGCUCAGACCGAGUACAGAAACAACAUGUUUGUGAUCGACAUGUUCUUCUUCAACUGCCAGAGCCUCCUGAAGGACUCUGCCACCCUGAAGUUCCUCCGGGAGACCAAGUUCGAUGCUCUGUUCACAGACCCGGCCCUGCCCUGUGGUGUGAUCCUGGCCGAGUACCUGGGUCUGCCCUCCAUAUACCUCUUCAGGGGCUUCCCCUGCUCCCUGGAGCAUGCGUUUAGCCAGAGCCCAAACCCUGUGUCCUACGUCCCCAGGUGCUACACCACGUUCUCAGACCACAUGACGUUUCCUCAACGAGUGGUCAACUUCAUUGCCAAUUUUCUGGAGAUCUAUCUGUUUCACUGUCUGUACUCCAAGUACCAAGUCCUGGCAGCAGAUCUCCUCCAGAGAGAUGUGCACUUACCCGCCUUAUAUCAGGAUGCGGUGUGGCUGUUGAGAUACGACUUUGUGCUUGAGUAUCCAAGGCCAGUCAUGCCCAACAUGGUCUUCAUCGGCGGGAUCAACUGCGAGAAGAGCGGGGUCCUGAUGCAG